CAAACCCGUGGCAAAUGUUCAAUGUGGUUUUAGCUCCAAGUCCUUUAUAUAAAGGACUGCACUUUGCUGUAGAUUUCUGUGUCUACAGACCAAAAGUCACCAUCAGUCUGUGAUCACUGGUGCUGCUUAACCUAUUGAAGCUGCUGAAAGGAGCUGAUCAUCAGUGAACACUACUGAAUGACCAUCCCUCUGUUACCAGGCGCCUUCCUGAAGAGUGCAGCAUGACAGAGCUCCAUGAAGCCGUGGCUGUGGGUGACUAUGACCUGGUGAAAAAGAUUUUGAAGGCAGGGCGCUGUGACCCAAACCAGAAGGAUGUCGAUUGGCAUGGCAGGACCCCCCUGCACUGGGCUGCUGCCAAAGGGCGGUCGGACCUGGUCAGGCUCCUGGUGGAUCACGGUGCCCGGCACAGCCUGCGGAGCGAUGUGGGCUGGACCGCGGCUCACUUCGCUGCCGAGGCGGGGAAGCUGCGUGUGCUCCGCGCCCUUCACUCCCUGCAUGCUGCUAUGGAUGCCGCCGACCUCUUCGGAGACACUCCCCGGAGGCUCGCGGAGAUCUACGGACACCGGGAGUGCUCCAAAUUCUUGGAAAAAGCAGAGGUGGAGAGCAGGAACUACCGCAAGAAAGCUGCACUGAGAAAAAUCCCCUUAGACCAGAGAGAUGAAGACUGGGAACUCAAGAAAGAAGAGCUUAAGAAAAAUCCACCAUGUUUUUGGGAGAAGUGUACGGCCUCUAUUCUAAAGAAAAAUGAGGGAAAAAAGGGGAAGCAGUAGUGUGCCCUGCCUGUUUGGUGCCUCUGAGCACUUGCAAUGCAGAGCAAAGGCACUGGCAGACCUCAGGUGGAUCUGCAGUGUGAUAUUUGGGUGAAUGGAAGAAGCAGAAGGCUACAAGAGUGCAUCCUUAGAGAUACACUGUAAACAAUCUCCUUAAGAGCUAGAAGUGCUUCAGCCUCUCUGUGUGUUUCUAUGUAUCUGAUCUCAAAAAUAAAAACAAUUGAAG